UCUGCAGGCAAAGAUCAUAAAUGGAGCUGAGCUAGCAGAGAAGGAAGCAGUCCAGUUGAGGAGGUCAUAAAGAUGAAGGCUGAGUGCACUGAACAAAAGGGCAAUUGACCCUGGAAGCUGAAAGAGGACUGUGGGAAUGUGUUUUUAAUGGAUAAAGAUGUUUAUGACUUGUUUACGGUGCAGCUGUUGUUUUCCCAUCCUUUAGAGAUUAAUGUUCUUGUUAACUAGGGACCCCCAAAAGACAAUAAAAAGAGGAAGCGGUUGGAUGGGUUUCAGAGCGGUUGGGAGACUUGUAACUGAACACAUCUCUGACCGUUCUCCUCGUGCGAGUAAAAUAACUAAUACUUUGUCUCUCUCUCUUCUUUUUAAGUAUUGUAGGUUGUUUAAACCUGACACUUUCCAACUCUGUUUUCCCAUUAUACACUCUGACUAUAGACACAAAAACAACAAAAUAAAUUUAAUUUAAUUCAAAAAUACGUUAUACAGGAUUCUGAUUAAAUAAUACAGCCCAAGUGAAUGAGAGAUUAUUUUGAAUAUAAACAAAAUUAAAAAUAAUAGCUGGUGGAAUCCUAGAACCGGUUUAAUGAGAUCAAAGGAAAAAUUCUAUGAUGUCACUCAUGAAGGUGUCUUUGUGACGUCAUCGGCUCAGUUUAUGUAACAUACUUAUGUGUUGUUCACAACCGCAUUUGUGGAAAAAUGUCUCAUCAAAUGCAGAGAUACCGCAAUGAAAAUAUAGGACCCCAGGAGGAAUGGGGAAAUCAACACAAUCCGCACGCCCAGUGUCAUCCUCCUCCUGUGAAUUUCUUCCAAGGGGAAAUCCAGAGACUGAACGCUCUUUUGGAAAUGGAGAGAGAAAAAUGGUUUAAAGAGAACCAAAAGGUAGCCUACCUGCAAACAGAGCUGGCAGAGACACAAUUCCAGUGGAGAAGGCAGAAAAGUCUCAAAGAAAUGUAUAUCAACAAGGAAAAAGAGACAAAGAGCAAACUUGAGAGAAUAGAUAGAUUUAGUGAUCCAGCAACCCUUGACCCUGCGGUCAUUGCUUCCAAGGUGCACAAUGACAUGAAAUACAAGAAGAAAAAGUUGUUGCAAAAAGACUUUGAAGAAAUAAAGGUGGCCCUCAUCCUCAACCAGGAAGCUUUUACUUCACAAAUCCAGGCAGAAAAAGAGAAAAAUAAUGUCCUUCAAGAAGAACUGGACAAACUCAAGACUUCCUACGAGGAGCUGUGCUCAAAAUGUGAAGUCGAUGUUGCUGCAGGGAGGCAGCAGGCCCAGGUGCAGACGUUUUGUGAAGAGAAGAUCGGUGAGGAUCCACAGCUCCUUGAGAAGCUGAGAGCUGCGAAGGACGAUCUCCAUCAAAAAAUGUCACAAGAGAUCGUAUUUCUGAAAGAGAAGGAGGAAUAUUUGGAAAGUGAACUAGAGCAGGUCAAAGAUUUUCACCAAGAAUUGCUUGGCGUAUAUGAAAGAGAUGUUGCCAAACUAAAAGAGGAAGUUGAAACAUAUCAGAAAGAGUUAAAUCACGAGAAAACAGCUAAUUCACAUAGAGCAAUGAAAGACGUCCACCUUAUUAAGAAAUUGAGACAUGACAACACAUAUCUCUACAGCACAAUGUCAGAAAAGAUUGAGAUUCUGCAACGGCAACUCGAAGAGACUGAGAACCAUUUGGACCAAAAUAAAAAAGAUAAUUCUGCACUGAGACAACGGGUCAAAAACUUUCAGCAGCAGAUAAUUCAGGAGAAAAAAGCUCAUUUGAAGACAGCAAAGACGGACCUGACACUUCUGAACAGCAUGAGAACUGAGCAGGACGAUCUAAAAGAAAACAUGUCAAAAGUGAUUGCCUUCCUGCAAGAGAGGGAAAAUGGUUUCCAGAGAGAACUGGACCAGAUCAAAGUUUCAUACCAGGAACUCAACUGUAAGUAUGAAAAAGAGGUUUCUGUACUGAAACAGCAAGUAGACACAUAUCAGAAACAUUUAGAUCGCGAGAAAAAAGCUAAUUCACAGAAAGCAAAUAAGGACCGCCAGCUUAUCAACAAACUGAGAGAUGAGAAGGUGCAUCUUCAGAAAACAAUGUUAGAACAUAUCGAGAUUCUGCAACAGAAAUCCGAAGAGCCCGAGAAUGAUAAUUCUGAGCUGAGAAAACGGGUAGAAAAUCUUCAGCUGCAGAUAAUUCAGGAGAAAAAAGGUCAUUUGGAGACAGCAAAGAAGGACCUGACACUUAUCAACACCAUGAGAACUGAGCAGGACAAUCUCAGAGAAACUAUGUCGAAAGAGAUUGCAUUCUGGCAACAGAAGGAGAAACGUUUGAAGGGCGAGAUGGACAAGAUAGAGAUUUUAUACCAGGAAUUACAAUCUAGGUAUAAAACAGAUGUUUCUGCACUAAAACAGCAAGCAGAAACCUUUAAAAAGGACAUAAAUAAAAACUUGAAGACAGCAAAUAAGAACCUGGAGCUUAUCAACAACCUUCAGGAAAUGUAA